AGAAGCAGUAAGAAACAGUGGCUGCAACUGAGCGCGAACAACGAACUACUCUCGUUCGGAGUUGCUGUGAAUUCCACGCUGAUUUGAAAUGAAUAGCAGGGCACAUUUGAGCAGCCAUUUAGCAGAUGAUAAUUCGCUCAAUCCCGGGAAGCUUUGCGUUCACGUGGAUGCGCUGAAGUCACGUUGCUGCACUCUCUCAGACAAUGUAAUCAGUGCACAUGUUGAAGGACUAGUGCGACAGAGAGGCUACCCACCUGUUUUGACAAAUUUUGCAGAAACUGCUCUUGCAGGUGAAGUGGACAAAGUAGUAACCGAGUAUGAAGAGGAUGAUGUGGAAAGACUGGACUCGGCCACUCUGAUAGUACACGUCUACGAGGUGAAUGAUGAUGCUGGCUUAGAAGAGCUUGAAGAUGGCAUGGCAGCUGCAAGUCACUGGGUUCUUCCUUCUGCGCAUCUUGAGGGCCUUUGGGAAAGCCUCAUUUAUGAAAGUGCAAUAAAAAAUGAGUUGCUGAGCUAUUCAUCCACGGCCCUGCUGUUUGCUGAUAAGAAAGUGGACCCUAACAUCAUAUCGUGGAACAAGGUUGUGCUUUUGCAUGGACCCCCUGGUACAGGGAAAACCUCCUUGUGCAAGGCCCUUGCACAGAAACUUACCAUUAGGAUGCGCUCUCGUUUCACCCAAGGACAACUUUUAGAAAUCAACAGCCACAGUCUUUUCUCCAAGUGGUUCUCAGAGAGUGGAAAACUAGUAAUGAAGCUCUUUCAGAAGAUACAAGCCCUUAUUGACGAUGGAAGCACCCUUGUGUUUGUUCUCAUUGACGAAGUUGAAAGCUUGGCACACUCUCGCAGCACGGCAGUUGGUGGCAAUGAGCCAUCAGAUGCUAUUCGUGUUGUCAAUGCCCUACUAACGCAAAUUGACAGCAUGAAAAGAUACCCGAAUGUUUUCAUUCUUACAACCUCUAAUAUCAGUGGUAUCAUAGACCUGGCGUUUGUAGACAGAGCUGACUUCAAAUAUCACCUUGGUUAUCCCAGCCAGAAAUGCAUUUCGAAGAUCAUCAUGUCCUGCAUGAAAGAGCUUUACAGGGUGUCUGUCAUAAGUGAAAGCAUAAGUUUUCUUGAAAGUAGUGCUGGUGAGAUGGGUGAUGAACUGAGGUGUCUGUACAGCUCCUUGUGCCACAGAGCUGUUGGCCUGAGUGGGAGGCGGUUACGAAAACUGCCUUUCAUUGCACAUUCCAUCUGCGCUGUGGACAGGACGUUGACACUAAAAGCAUUUCUGCUUGCCAUGUCCGAGGCUGUUGACCGCCAGUUGCAAGAAAAUGAGGAGAUCACCAAUAACAAGGAAGCACGAUCACGCCUCUUCUGAAUAUGCAGAACAUCCUCAUAUUAUUUUACAACAAGUGCUUUCUGAUUAUGAUUAAAAGCAUGACUUUGUUUGUUGUAUACCUAA